GCUUAUUUUUGCUCAGGCAGAAGCUGGUCACCCACUGUGACGUAAUUGAGGAGAGUCCACAGCAACAUGGCGGCCACCGGUUCGAAGUCAGUUCUGUUCGUUUGCCUGGGGAAUAUUUGCAGGUCUCCCAUUGCGGAAGCUGUGUUUAGGAAAAUGGCAACAGAUUCUGGAGUGGUUGAUAAGUGGGUCAUAGACAGUGGUGCCACAUCUGACUGGAAUACAGGCAGCUCACCGGACACCCGUGGUCUGGCUUGCCUGAGGAAGCAUGGCAUUGAGACAAGCCAUAGGGCUCGACAGGUGACCAAAGAUGACUUCAUGACCUUUGAAUACAUACUCUGCAUGGACGAGAGCAACCUGAGUGACUUGAACAAGAAGGCCAAGUCUGUGAAAACCUCCACUGCAAAGAUCGAGCUUCUCGGUUCAUAUGAUCCUCAGAACCAGCGGAUCAUCAAAGACCCAUAUUAUGGAAGCGAUGCAGACUUUGAAAAUGUGUAUGAACAGUGCCUACGCUGCUGCAAAGCUUUCCUGGAGAAGAACUCCUAACAAGAUCUCACCCUGAACCACAUUUAAAUCUCAGAGAAGAACCUGCAUAAUCAACCAACCUGAUGCAUCUUGGUUGCCACAAAAGCACUUAUCAAUAUAACUGUACCAUAAAUGUCAGAGAUCAUUACAGUGCUAUGCUACAGUAUUGUAGAUGUCUUACCAGUGACAUUUAGAGCAGUGCUGAUUCUUCUGGUUUACUUUGAUCAUUAAAGUGAAUCAAUCUAAUUGAAAAGGUGUUUCAUUUGUUCACAAAUCCAUCUUCUUUACAUGUGUAAAUUUCCACAAAAGGUUAAAUGUAGUUUUGUUAAAGCCUCAAUAAAAAUGGGUGGAGAAAA